GGCCCGUUCUAAUAGAUGAUUUUGUUGACCAUAUGUACAGGUCCUCAGGAUCAUCUCAUUAUAAUUCCAACUUACAAUGUAGCUGCGGUGAUCCCGAUUCACAAUUAUGUAUUUUUGAAGACUUGGUUCCUGGAAUGAAGAAUUUAUCUGGUUUAAAGAGGAAGGUACUGCAUGACACGGGGAAAGAUGAUAUGGAGGCCAUAUAUACUCCCAUCUCUGAUGCUGCUGACUUGAGUCCCUCAAAAAGAAGUAGAGGGAAUACUCAAAAUGCUAUAGAGGAUUGUAAUGGAAUUGCUAGAAACAAUAGCCCGUUGUGUUCAUCUAAAUCGCCAUGUGCAGUUGAGCGCUGUCUGUCAAAGGGCUUUGCAGGACUUCUCUCAACGCGUUCCUUUGUGUAGUCUGGUCGGGAAAGGAGGGCGUCCUUUAUAUGAAGCA